AUGCUCCAAGAGUGCCGCCAGCUUAUCCGAUUCUGCGAGGUCGCCUCCGCGCAUCGGAGACUGCCGGCGGCUUUUCCAGGCUCAACCAGCGCCGCAGACCCCGACACGAAAGCCAGCCAGCUGUUGGAGGCAAAUACUAUCAUAUGGAAGGAAUUCGAGCGUGACGAAAGCAGAACACUGCAGAAACGACAGGCUGCUAUUUCAUCUACUGCUGUUGAAGAGGAUAGCGAAGAAGAGGAUAACCAGGAAUAA